AUGCCCCUGGCAAGAAAGGCCGCCAACCGCCAAAAGAACGAAUUGGAGAAGGGGCAGAGGGGCCGCGAACCAAGUCCAUUGUCUACCCCUCUGGGACCCCUCUCGGAGUCGCCUGAAUCUGAUCCUUUCGGCGCCAUUGAUGAUUCGAUGACCCUACCCCCUGGAUAUGACCACCUUUCGAGGUCGUCCAUAAUCGAACAUGAUCACGGUCUUGGCCCAUCCGGUCUAGAUCGCAUACGCCAACAACAGCCUACACGAGUCUUGACCCUCCCGAAUAUCUCCUCCUCGUCGCUAGCCCCUACGUCUUCGCAAAGCCAGUCCCCGUCUCCCCGGUCCCGGUCCAUGUCCCGAGAACAAUCCUUACAGGCUUCAUCGAUAGACGACCAUGCGUUGGAGGACCUUCAUCGCUUUCCUUGCGAAUCAUUGCACUCCUUUUCCUUUGCCCAGCAGUCGGAGGAAUUGCUUCACAACCGGCAGAACAUCCUGAAACGAUCGAUCGAUUUUAUGCGUGACCGGUUUGGGUGGCCUGCGGGCAAUGCCGCCGUCAACGCGCAGGCUCGCGUCACUGGCGAUACCGAAGUCCAAAGCAUGGUGGAUCUCUUGUCCAAGUCAAACGUCCUGGGUAAAGAGCAUAACUCCAGUUACACUGGCCUUGCAAGGGGCCCAGUGACAGGCCCUGCCGUUGUGGACUCGGCAAACAUUUUCGAACAAGCUUUUUCAAAUCCUCAGGAUAACGAGACCAAGCCCCGACCCCCGGAGGCAGGCCCCAACCCCGAUUCCCACAGCGCGUUCAGUCCCCUGCCAAACGACCAUAUAUCGAGUCAGAAACGGGGGAGACGAUCGACUCCCACGUCGAGGCGCGUAAGCUUAAAACGUACAUACUCGGAUCUGAGCUCUGUUUCUCUCCAGAGCAAGCUGAUGGGGACUCUAGCACAACCGUACUCGGCCAUGGAAUCUUUUUCACCAAGCUCCUCGACCUUUGGAUUCGGCUUUCCUGUACCCGCCUUACACACCCAUAGCAGCAAAUGGGCCCCAGUCUCCCAGGCAGUUUUUAGGACCGAGUCGCAUGCACCAUGGACUAUUCUGGCGGCCAAUGACUUGUCAUGCCUCAUAUUCGGUGUCACCCAAGCGGAACUCCGCAGGCUAAGUAUUCUGGAAGUCGUACAGAAAGACCAAUGGCAGUGGCUUGAGUCAAAGCUGUGUGAUCCCUCUACUGAUGUGGCCGCAAAGCUCCAAACGUCGCCCAAUAGACCGCACAACAAGCCAGUUAACACACAACGCAUGGGAAUGGGCAACGGCAUCACGGCGCAGCUCCUGAGAAAGCCUCCUUCGCGAGUAAGAAAGGCCCAAACGGACGACGGGUAUGGAUCGAGCACGCGUCCUUCUCGAAAUCUCAACCAUCCGGCUACAAAGUCCCGCGGCGUAUUGCUCUGUGGUGACGUGGUUCCGAUACGGAAGCGUGACGGCGCGACAGGCUCGGCUAGCAUUUGGGUCAUGGAGAAGCGUGGAGGCCUGAUAUGGGUGGUCGAGGAGAUCCAAGAGGAUGUCGCCUAUGUUCGUUGUGACAAAUCUUGGCACAUCGCAGCAGCCUACGGUGACGUUGAUAAGAUCUGGGGCGAAGGCGUCGUCAAAACCGGCAGCCUGAUCACUGGUUUGCUCCCUCGUUUGCCGAAGGAUUGUUUAGAAAGUCCAGUCGACAGGGGGAUCACCAAAAUCUCGGAGAUGAAACAUUUUGCGGCUACAACGUCCGCGGGCAUCUGCUUUCCUACUACCGUGGCCAAAACGGACACCCCUGAUUGUCUGAGAAUAUCGAGCUUCCCUCACGUGGCGGGUAUGAUGGUAUUGGCGUCGUCGACAUUGAAGGUUAUCAGCUCCAACUCGGUCUUCUCGUCGGCAUUGUUUGGUCAAGAACGGCCUGAAGGGCGGCAUAUCAACGAUUUGAUACCUGGGUUCGACAACCUUCUUCAAGUGCUUACUGAAGAAGAGAAUGUUCCCUUGGUGGAUGGAGUGAUCAUUCCGGAGCCCAGCUUCCGAAGAGCACGGACUUUGUCAAUUCUUCGCCAGGGAAGGCAUAAUGUCGCAUCGGUCUUCUCAGAGCCCAGUGGUAUCACGGCCACCCACCGCGAUGGAUCGACUAUUUCGGUGGACGUUCAGCUGCGGGUGGUCAAGAGCGGUACCAUCUUUCCCAAAUCACCAAAAGAGGCCUCUGGUGAUAAUGCCAACUCGGAAGAUAGCAGCAGUGGUACGAUAGCUGUCACCGAGCUUGUCUAUGCUCUGUGGAUCACGUACGCGAGACAUAUCCAUUCCAUGGGCCCAACAGAUUUCCACACCGUGAGCAAGACGAAACCUCGUCGGCCCACCAGUCCUCCAGUACCAGGCCAGGCAUCGAUGGGACCUCCAAACAUGGAACGCACUGGCGUGGAAACCCGGAUACCAUUGUCUACAUUAAGCCAACAACUGAACGAAGCCGCAUCAGAGCCGCUCACGGAUAAACCCGUACAACCGGUCCCAGAGGUGCGACCAGCUAAUGCCAAAGAAGCCCCCAAGAAGCGGGCAAUAUCCGACUACGUGAUCAUCGAAGAGAUGGGUCAAGGUGCUUACGGAGAAGUGAAACUCGCGCGCCUCAAGAAGAACCCCUCGAAGAAAGUGGUCUUGAAGUACGUGACCAAGAAGCGGAUUUUGGUGGAUACCUGGACGCGAGAUCGCCGACUAGGUACCGUCCCCCUGGAGAUCCAUGUUCUGGACUAUCUCCGCCGCGAUGGCCUGAAGCAUCCGAACAUCGUGGAGAUGGAGGGAUUUUUCGAGGACGACAUCAAUUACUAUAUUGAGAUGAUGCCUCAUGGUCUCCCUGGAAUGGAUCUCUUCGAUUAUAUUGAGCUGAAGGUGAACAUGGAUGAAGCCGAAUGCCGGAACAUCUUCCGACAGGUCGUGGAUGCCAUUCACCAUCUCCAUACGAAAGCAUUGGUGGUACACCGCGACAUCAAAGACGAGAACGUCAUUCUAGAUGGCGAAGGUCGGAUCAAACUCAUCGAUUUCGGGAGUGCAGCUUACAUCAAGAACGGGCCGUUUGACGUCUUCGUCGGCACUAUUGAUUACGCUGCGCCGGAAGUGCUUCAGGGCAAGUCCUACAGAGGCAAAGAACAGGACAUCUGGGCCCUGGGCAUUCUCCUCUACACAAUUGUGUACAAGGAAAACCCGUUCUAUAAUGUCGAUGAGAUCCUGGAUCACCCGCUUCGGGUCCCCUUCCUGCCAUUCUCCGAAGAGUGUAUCGACUUGAUCCGACGGAUGCUCGAUCGCGAUGUCGAUAACCGACUGACCAUUACGGAGGUCAUGGAGCACCCUUGGAUGGUAGACAGCUGA